AUGCCCAAGUAUCUUCCCUCUCCCACUCAUACAUUUACCAUUUCUUCGAUUUACGACGGCAUCAAGCUCGCCUGCCGACUGUACCUCCCACAGCAUCUCUCAGACCCGCGCACUUCAUCGCAAUGGCACGUGCAAGGAGCCAUUGUCGCACAUCCCUACGCUUCUCUUGGAGGCUGCUACGAUGACCCGGUUGUGAGCUUCAUCGGCGGAGAGCUUCUCGAUGCCGGCUAUGUGGUUGGGACGUUCAACUUUCGUGGUGCUGGUGAUUCGGAAGGCCGAACUAGCUGGACGGCGAAGCCAGAGUUGGCGGACUAUGUCUCUUUCUAUGGGUUCAUGAUGUUGUAUCUAUGGUUUUUGAGGCUGAGCCUUGCUUCGCGACCGGAUGGUGAGAGUGUAGAGGCGGGUGUUCACCUUUUACUAGGUGGCUACUCGUACGGCUCCCUGGUCGCCUCGCAUUUGCCAUCAAGCGAGGCUGUGUCGCACCUAUUCGGUGAUGCGAUCCAAGGAACUCCGGCUCACGAGAUCUUCCUUAUCGCGAGGACCAUCUGCGGGCAAACCGAAGAUAUCCAGAAAAUAGAACAGCCAAGUUCAACUGCAUCGAUCCAGCUUGCAAGAGACGUACUACAGCCGGCAACCACAACAAUCUCAUACCUCCUCAUCUCACCACUUCUUCCCCCGAUCAACCUCCUCCUGACAUUAUUCCUGGACCUAUCACUAGAGAUCGACACCCAGGCUUCUGGCCAGCGGCGCCAAAUCCCCUGCCCCAAACCUUCAGAGCAGCUCUGCGCACACCGGACAUUAGCCAUCUACGGCGACGAAGACACCUUUACCUCUGUCAGCAAGUUACGCAAAUGGUCAGAUGAGCAGAAGAGAACACCGCAAAGCCGGUUUGUGUCGACGGAGAUUGGAGGCGCGGGUCAUUUCUGGCGCGAAGAUGGUGUUGAAACGGAAGCACGGCAUGCUUUGAGGGAGUGGCUGCAUGAGCAGCCUUGA